AAGAAAGGUGAGAUAUAACCCUAAGUGCCGGAGAUCCCUCAGCCGGUGGCCAUGGACGACCCUAAAACCCGCGAUCUCGUCAAGGAGCUCGUUCUCCGCCUCGUAUCUCCCGUCGACUCCCCCUCCUCCGCCGCCGAAGAGGUCCCCCGCGCUAUCGGCUUCGCCCAUCGGCUCCUCUCCAGCCGCAUGGCUCCCUCCCUCGCCCCUGAUGAACUCGCCAUAGCCGAGUCCAUCAAGCGCCAUCUCGCGGCUUCCGGCCGAUCCUCCGAUGCCCUCGCCUUCGCCGACCUUCACACCGAGCUCUCCGCCCGUUCCUCCGGCCCCGGUGCCAUCCGCAACCGUUGGGCCCUCCUCUACCUCCUCAAGUCUCUCUCCGAUGCCCGCCGACGCGAGCCCCUCCUCGAUUCUACGGGGACUGCCGGCCUGCCCGCUAUUCCCCUCGACCCUCAGCCCAGCCACCAACUGCCUUUGGCGGCCAAGAAAAUUCUACCCCCAUCCGGCGGCGUUCUCCUCGUCUCCAAGGAUCCAGAGAACAUUCGUGAGAUCGCACUUCAAAAGUAUGCGGAUCUGGUCAUGGACGAGACAGAGGUUUCGGAAUCGGCCCUCGUGAGGGAUAUCCUCUUUGUUUGCCAGGGAAUCAACGGGCGGUAUGUGAGGUUCGACAAAGCAUCAGACUGCUAUGAUCUUCCGGAGUCGUUGAAGUUGCCAAGAUCCAUGAGGACGAUGGUUCGUAAGCUUUGUGAACUAGGAUGGCUUUUCCAAAAGGUAAGGUGUUACAUCACUGAGAGCAUGAGCUGCUUCCCGGCUGAGGAGGUUGGUACAGUUGGACAGGCCUUCUGCUCUGCUCUCCAGGAUGAGCUUUCCGACUAUUACAAGCUUUUGGCAGUGCUUGAAUCCCAUUCCUCGAAUCCAAUUCCCACUCCAGGCUCCAUUUCUGGAGUGCCUGGGAAUUACCUUACUUUGAGACGGCUUGCGGUCUGGCUUGCCGAACCGACGGUUAAAAUGCGAUUGAUGGCAGUUCUGGUGGAUGGGUGUCGAGGUCUGAGAGGUGGAGCAAUGGCUGGAGCAAUACAUGGGCGGGCACAGCAUGGGGAUCCAUUGGUACAGGAGUUCAUGGGCCGGCUUCUCCGAAGGGUCUGCUCGCCUUUGUUUGAGAUGGUCCGGAGUUGGGUCUCGGAAGGGGAAUUGGAGGAUACUUUUGCUGAGUUCUUCAUACAAAGCCAAACUGUAAAGGCUGAGUCGUUAUGGCAAGAAGGCUAUCAAAUCCAGUCUGCAAUGCUGCCUUCUUUCAUUUCUCCUGCUUUGGCACAAAGGAUCUUGAGGACAGGAAAGUCCAUCAAUUUCCUCAGAGUUUGCUGUGAGGACAAUGGUUGGGCUGAUGCUGCCGCCAAAGCAGCAGCUGAUGUCGGGACCACUACAAGGAGGGGUGGGAUUGUGUAUGGGGAGACACAUGCUCUGGAAGGACUUGUUAUAGAGGCAGCUAAGAGGAUUGAUCGUCAUUUGAUGGAUGUGAUUCACAGGCGGUAUCGGUUCAAGGACCAUUGCUUGGCAAUCAAACGAUACUUGCUUCUUGGCCAGGGUGACUUUGUGCAGUACUUGAUGGAUGUUGUGGGCCCAGAGCUAUCAGAGCCUGCCAACACAAUCAGCUCAUUCCAGUUGGCAGGGUUGCUAGAGACUGCAAUCCGUGCAUCCAACUCCCAGUAUGAUGAUCGUGAUAUUCUAGAUCGUUUAAAAGUAAAGAUGAUGGAUCAUGGUGAUGGUGACAGAGGAUGGGAUGUGUUCUCAUUGGAGUAUGAUGCAAGGGUGCCUCUGGACACAGUUUUUACAGCAUCUGUCAUGAAGAAAUACCUCAAGAUUUUCAAUUUUUUGUGGAAGCUAAAACGUGUUGAACAUGCAUUGAUCGGGGUAUGGAAGAUGAUGAAACCAAAUUCUAUAAUUUCUUGUAUUUUCACCAAAGAAGGUGUGGCAGUUAAAACACAGUUUGUCUCUGUUCUACGAAGAUGCCAAGUAUUGUGGAAUGAGAUGAACCAUUUUGUGACAAACUUUCAGUACUAUAUAAUGUUUGAGGUCCUUGAGGUUUCAUGGUCACAGUUCUCAGAAGAAAUGAAUGCUGCAAAAGAUUUAGAUGAUCUGCUUGCAGCUCAUGAGAAGUAUCUCAACUCAAUUGUGGAGAAGUCUCUUCUAGGAGAGCGAUCUCAAGGUCUUAUUAGGAUUCUCUUUGUUCUAUUUGAUCUUAUAUUGCGGCUUCGGAGCCAUGCAGAGAGGUCGUUCGAGCAUAUAUUUGAGUUGCAAGUCAGAGGGAGGAGCAAAUCAAGGAUAAAAAUGAUGGGGGCAGGUCCAUGGUUUGUUGGGGAUAGGAAGGCCAUGAUGCAACUUGCUGGAGAAUUUCUUGGGAGAAUGGGUGAAGACCUGGACAAGAUUGCAAAAGAGUAUUCUGCAUCACUUGAUGAUUUUAUCUCUCAGUUGCCCAUUCAGCAACAUGUCGAUUUGAAGUUUCUGCUCUUUCGUUUAGACUUUACCGAAUAUUAUAGUCGGCUUGUGCCUAGUAAGUAGAAUUCAGCAUAUGACAGAAGAAGCAAUGUAAAAGCAGUGAUCUGUCAGUUGUGCUUGUUGUAUUGUUUGCAACAUAAGUUCACUGGCCAUUUUGGAGUGUUGAUUAUGUAUUAAUUUCAACAACACAAAAGGAUGCAGGUAUGUUUCAUAAUGAGACAGCAAGGAUCGCUAUGUCUUAAAUUUCAAGUGGUUUCUCCCCUGUGUAAGCUCUCGGCCGUGAACAGGUAAUCAAAUCAGGCUCUUAAGAACACCUACAAGAGCUGAAAACAAUGAUCUAUAGUUCAUUUGUCUUGUCAAAACUUAGCUUGUACAUUCCUUUUUUGUCAUUCCUUUUAAAUUUGACAUUUAUACCAAUACCGAUUCUUAUGAAUUGUCAUUUCUUUUUUUGUCAAUUGAACUUUCUUAUUGUGUAAAGGCCUCCUAUAGAACAUUCCAGGCACAAGCAGGUGUGGUUAAGCCAAGGACAAGGCCGAGAACCUCCAAUCUUAGGGCUCUAAUCAGUCGACCUUCGAGGGACAACUCAAGUGUCUCCAAGUAAUGUAGGAUGGAUCAAGGUUUUACUUUGCUGAAAGCUACAAAAGUAAGUGGUUUUUCAAUGUUGUCAUUGUCCUUACUCCAUUGAGGAAAGCUUGCGUGUCUUCACUCUAGAUCAACUCAAACUUUUCUUCGAGAAAUGUGGUUAUUUUGUGUAGGAAAAUGGAGGUUCGAUAUCGUAGGUUGUGAAGCUUGUGUUUGAUAAUGAAUUAUAUAUUGUGCUGCCGUUGGUUACUAUCGUCUUAUAGGCUGCAUCAUUAUUAAUAUGAGAAGACCUGUGUUCUGGUAAUUCUUGUUGCUGUUGUAUUUGGUUAGGAAGCAUCAAAGAAUGUUCUUCCAUGAAUAGGAGAACGCUCUUUCAUGCCCUUUUAUGCAUAGAAGUCUUAUGAUAAAUAAGUAUUUUGAGAUUUUUGGAAGAGAAGGAACCCUAAGAGAAUUGGCAAGUGGCUUUAGAGGUCAAGGAAUCAGAAGUCAUAAAAAAAAAAAAA